AUGCAAUGGCUGAAUAUCUACGGGAAUUGCACCUAUAAUCCGACGCAUAUGAAAGCGCUUUAUGAUCUUGUUAGUAUGCGAGGAGGGCUGGAAGUCAUCAAGUUGCCGUGUAUGGCUGAGAUGAUCGUCUUAGGCGACAUCAUAUCCUCUCUCAACACAUUCUCUAAACCUACUUUCCCACCAAUCCAGAUCCACGAAGCAUAUAUCGACUCAGCUCUAGACUGGGCGAAAACGUCCCCUCAUCUCCCGGCCCAAAUCCUAGCCACAUCAUUCCGUCGGUACACCGACUUCGGGCUCUCAGAGCCAUUACUGAAUAUCCUGGAGCCGCUCGGUGUAACGACUUGGGCAAUUAGCUAUCAUCUGCAAGGAAGGCCGAACGGACUUACUAUCGGAGAAAUUGGAAGGACGCGAGCGGCAAUUAUGAAGCGAUUGUUGUUGCUGCCUACAGCCGAAGAGCUUGGUGAGAAUACUGCUGCAGUGGAAGGAUUGCCGAAUAUGUAUGAGUGCUGUAGAAUUACGGCGUUCAUAUUUAGUGUUGCGGUGACUUUUCCUAUUCCGAAUACGUUUGAUGUGUUGCAGCAUUAUGUCACGAAGCUGAAAGCGGCGAUUGAGGAAUCGGAUGUUUUGAGCUGUGAUGACAGGGCUGUUGGGGAGUUACUUGUGUGGAUUUUGACCUUGGGAGGGAUUUCGGCGUUGGGUAAGCCUGAAAGAAAGUGGUUUGUAGAGCAAUUGUCCAGGGUGAGAGACAGGUUGGAAAUCAGCUGGGGAGAUGCCACGAAGGUGUUUGAGACCUUUCUUUGGCUUGAAAGUGCUUGUGGUGCUGGUGGGUGGCUGUUGUGGGAUGAAUCCGAAAUUUUCGUUCUUGUAGCAUAG